AUGGCGAACGAACACGAGCAAAUCUUCCUCCGCAACAUGGCGACGCUGUUCAAACCCAACGCAAAGUACGCCGACAUCGCCAUCCACUGUCGUGACGACGCCGAGUUUCGCGUGCACAGAGCCGUCGUGUGUUCCCUGUCGCCCGUGCUGGCUGGGGACUGUGAGGAUGACGAGAACGACAGCAUUCUCUAUGAGCGAUUCGACGCGGAGCCGAUGCGCUGCAUGCUGGAAUAUUGCUAUGGGCAGACGUAUGUCGUGGUGGGGGAGGAGGAGUUGUUUGAGAGGGUGGGUAAGGCUGGUGUGGAGGUGUCAGAUGAAGAGAAUGAGGAGGGUGCGGGCGAGGGGAGGGAUGCUGUGAGAUUGAAGAGUUCGAGCGAGGGGAGCUCUUCCACCGAGCGUCAGGCCUGUGCGGUGAAGAAAGCAGCUGGGAAGAAUUCCGGUGAGAGCGCGGUUGUGGAGGAAGGUGCCGAGGAGAACGAGGAUCGACGUGGAGGGGGGGCAGUGGGGACGAAUCGAGAACGCCCGGAUGACAAAGGCCACGGACAAGGCAUCGGUGUUCCAGAUCGCGGCCAAGAGCCUUCAAAGACGAGCUGCAGCCAGUUAGACGACGAUUCGAAUAAGUAUCCAGUCGACACCGAGCUCACGAUCAACAAAGCCUUGCUGGCGCACGUGGAGGUGCACAAGAUCGCCAGCCACUUCCAAAUCCCCACUCUGAAGCGCCUCGCCACGCAACGAUUCGAACAAGUCACAUCGAAGUGCGGCAUCGAAAUUGAGGGCUUCGUGGACGCGAUUCAAGCCGUUCGCGCUCUCGAGAAGGAAGGCCCGGGAGACAUGCAUCACGCCUUGUACCGCUGCAUCGCAGGUAACCGGGCUGUGAUCGCGGAGGACAAGGAGUUCUGGAAAGAGUUGGCCAACAUUUCCGACGGAGGCGCGUUUGCGGCGGCGAUGUUCAGAUCGGCAAUCCGGUCCGAGACGAAGCGCGCAGAGAGGCAUGCCAAGGAACGAGAGCAGCUCCAAGACACUAUCAGCGAGAUGGAGAAAGAUGUCCGCCUCGUCGCUGCGUCGACUGCACAGUUGCAAGAGGCGCUCCGUGUCAGAUUCAUCGAAUUCCAAGCCGAAGCGCACCCCGGCCUCGACUGGGGAGUGGCUCCGGACGGGGUCUGGAUGCUGCUGCUCCCGGUUUCCAUCUUCGUCGGGUGUGCUGUCGUCAUCUGGGCAAAUUGGAGCGCAAAGUGA